AUGAUUCAUUUCUAUCAUCAUUCUGCUCACAACAAUAGUAACUUGUCGGAUGAUGAGGAUUCUUCUCCCACACAAGUCAAUCAUGAUCGAGAAGAUGAUGAUGAUGAUGGGAGUAAUGAGAAUGAUGAUACAACUACAACAACACACUUCACCUCGAGAACAUCUCCUCUGAAUAUCUUGGCAUCUUCCUAUGAUGAUUCCACUCUUCAACAACAAUUCUACUCGAGUAUGGUUGUCGAAUGGCAAUUGAAAUAUCUCGAUUUUAAAUUUCUAAAUGAUCGAUUAAAGAACAUUCAAGAGGAAUUGAAACAACAAUUAAAAAAGAUGAAAAGUAGUUCUCAUCAUGAUUCUCUCCCAAUGGAUCCUACUAUUACCCACCAUCUAGAUGCAACAACGAGUCGUAACAACAAUAACAACAACACACUAACCACUCGAUGGACUCAACGUGGUGGAGGUUCGAGUGGUAGUAGUAGCAAUUCUAAUGUCAAUCGACAACAACAAAAUAGAUCCUCUAUUAGAGCUAGUUUGUAUCGAGUGUUCACUGUAGGUCAGCAACAAUCACCAUCCAAUAGGAUCAUUGAUGAGUACUAUUACUACUCUUCACCAAUUCUUCAAGAAUUAGUGAAUGAUUUCAAAUAUUUACUCUACAAGGAAUUGAAUAAGAUUAAUUCUUUUUAUACUCAACAAGAAAACUCAAUGAGUGUUGAACAUGAUCGUUUGUUAGAACAAAUUGAAAGGAUUAAUGAAAUGUAUCAUGAUCGACAAUAUGCAUCUUCAUUACUAUCAUCAUCUUCAAUGAAUCCUAACAAAUUACAAAUCUUAACAUUUAAUCAAAGACAAAAAUUGAAAGAAGGUCUUGAAGAACAUUAUUAUAAUUUAAAUUUAUUAUUGAAUUAUCGAUUGGUGAAUUUCAAUGCAUUGAUCUACUUGUGUACCAAGUUAGAAGAAAUUAUUAAAAGAAGAGUGAAAUGGAGUUUUAAUGAAAUGAAUGAAGUGUUGAACAUUGCACAACAACAACAAGAUGCUACUACUAAUACUAAUAAUGAACAAGAUGCUACUACUAAUACUAAUAAUGAACAAGAUGCUACUACUAAUACUAAUCAUAAUACUAAUAAUCAUAAUACAAAUGCUCAUAGUACUAUGACUACUACUACUACUCCUACUAAUGUUAAUAUUAUUACUACUUCGACUAACAAUGAUGACAACACUAACAACACUCAUGUAAUUCCUGAUCAACAACAUUCUGACUCUUUUAAACUCUCCAAAUUUAUCAAAUCUCAAUAUUUUAAACAUUCUAAAAUUGUAGAACAUCACAUUCGUGAUACAGUCGAAUACUAUGCUGAAUAUUUCUAUGAAAAAGAUACAAAGGCAGCCAUUGAAGCAUUAGGAAAGAUGAUGAGAGGUAAUGGCAUUCUAAGAGGAGCAAGUGGAGGAGGUGUUGGAGGUGGUGGUGGUGAUGGUGGUUUCUUUUCAAACUCUUCCAUGAAGGAUGUCUUCUCAAGUGGUCUAUUAUUAGGUACUUUGAUCAUUCUCAUUGGUGUGAAUGUGUUCUAUUAUUUCCAUACCUAUGAAUUUGCACCUAAUUUAGCAGAAAGGAUUGAUUAUAAUGAUCAAUCCUUUUCACUCUAUCGAUUAAUUCUAUUUCCAGUCAUGUUAGCAUUUCUCAUUGCUGUGAAUAUUAGAAUAUGGUCCAAACAUUCAAUUAAUUAUGUAUUUAUUUUAGGAUUGAAUCCAUUAAUGAGUUUACAAACAUUUCGUUUUCUAAGUAUUACUCUUUUAAUGUUAAAUAUUAUAUUUCUAUCUCAACUCUUGUACAUGAUGAAUACUGUAUCGUAUUUGUAUGGUAUUAUGGAUAUUGGAAAGUAUGCUUAUUGGCAUCCUAUUGUAUUAUGGAUUCUAUUAUUCGUUUAUUUAUUCAAUCCAUUCAAAAUAUUGAACUUUGAAUUUAGAUAUUGGUUUUUAAAAUGUGUACUUCGAAUGUUAGCUUCUCCUUUCACUGCUGUUCGAUUCAGUGAUUUCUUCAUUGCAGAUCAAUUAACAAGUUUAGGAGAUGUUUUAUUUGAAUUACAAUUCAUUGCAUGUAUUUAUCCAGCCACAAGUCAAUCAAAAGUAAUGAAAUUAUUUUGUGAUUCUACCAAGUCGAUUGGAAUUCCAAUUCUCAAUUACAUUCCUUAUCAUUGUCGAUUGAUGCAAUGUUUGAGAAAGUAUUAUGAUACUCGUCAGAAAAUGCAUCUUUUGAAUGCAUUGAAAUAUGCAUCAAGUUGUCUAGUGGUAGUGAUUGCAUUUAUAGACAAGUUGGUCUUGAUGAUGAUGAGUAGUCAUAGUUCGGAAGGAGGAGGAGGAGGAGGAGAGGCUUCUUCUUCGCAAGCGUAUUGGACAGCUCUGAGAAUUUUGUGGCUCAUUGUAAAUAUUUUUUCUACCUGUUUGAAGUUGUAUUGGGAUUUGAAAAUUGAUAUGGGACUAUUGGAGAGUUGUUUCAAUAGUCCAAUUGAUAUGAAUGGUAUUAGUAUUUUUUUUAAAAGGAUCACCUCAUUAUCCACCACCAACAACAACAACAGUACCACCACCAAUCUGACCACCACACGCCGCACAUCGACGACGAGAUUGGCCACCCGUUCCUCCUCUUCUUCCUCUCUUCAACGUGAUCAAUCUCUACCACUUCUCCGUAGAAAAUUAAUCUUCUCACCCAUCUAUUACUACAUGGCCAUGAUUGCAAAUAUUGUACUGAGAUGGGUAUGGUUACCAUUUGUAUUUGUUAAGGCAUUUGUACCAGUGGAACAGAAUACACUCGAAUGGCUCUUGUAUGCAUUGAUUGCUUUGGAAUUAUUGAGGAGAUUCAUUUGGAAUAUUUUUAGAGUGGAACAUGAAAAUUUAGCGAAUAUUGAAAAUUAUAGAGCCACCAAAGAGAUUCCACUUCCAUUCGAUACAACCACAUCAAGUUCUAGAAUUGAACAAGUACAAUCCAAGAAGAAUUUCUACAUGGAUCUGAAAAGAGAGAAUGAAGCAUUUACUGCCUCUUCAUGGCUUGGAAAGGUCAUGGGAAUGGCCAAAUCCAUGUUAUUGUGUUUUGGUAAAAAUGAUGUCGAUAAUGAAGAUAUUUGGAUUAUUGAUGAAGAAGAAUUAGAGAGAUUGAGAAGAGAAAAUGCAAAGAGACCUAAUUUGAAAAUUCAAUUAACCUUACCAUUUGAUUUGGAGACUUUACGAAGAGAAUUUGGACAACAACAACAAACAACAGCAACCACCACUCUCAAUGAUAAUGCUGACCACAACGAUAAUGAUGGUGCUGACCACACUAGUAGUACGACUCCUCCAAGCAACAAUAACAACUACACUGGUCAUGCAACGACGAUACAGCAACCAAGUGAUCAUCAUGCCAUCAUUAUGAUGGAAGACGAUAGUAUCUAUGAUUUAGAGAAUGACAAGUUAUUGUAA